ACUGCGGAUCAUGAUUGGUUGAUAAGUAACCGCUAUCAUGGCCGCCCGGGGAUUCACCACGUUCCUAGCACGUGCUUCUAAAAAAGGUUUAUCAAAUUGUCCAUCUGCAAGGUCUACGAGAGUAUCGCCCAUCAUAUGGAGCUCCAGAGGUUACCGAGAACUAAAUCGCCCUCCAACGGCAAACGAAAUGCCUCGUCCAGCUGGAAUAGCCUCUUUCAUGAGGCUCCCAGUGCAGAAGGAUGCUAAAGGCCUGAAUGCCUGCUUUGUUGGAGUGCCACUUGACAUUGGGACAUCAAAUCGCCCUGGAACGAGAUUUGGACCAAGACAGAUCAGGACAGAGUCUGUCAUGUGUCGUGCUUUCAAUAAGGAUACAGGAGCUGCACCUUAUGAGUCUCUGAAUGUGGGUGAUAUUGGAGAUGUUCCAGUGAAUAUCUACAACUUGGAGAAGGCUGUUGAAGAUAUCAAAAAAUUCUAUUCAGCCAAAAUCUUGGCAAUGAACUGCAUCCCAAUCACAUUGGGUGGUGAACAUACAAUUUCUUACCCCAUUCUACUAGCCAUGAAGGCAAAACAUGGACCAGUGGCAAUGAUUCAUGUGGAUGCCCACAUGGAUGUGUCCCCUGCUAUGAUGGGAAAUAAGAUUGCUCAUGGGACUCCAUUUAGGAGAGCUGUUGAAGCUGGAUGUCUUCAGGGUAAUCUUGUAUGGCAGAUUGGGAUAAGAGGCCAAGACUAUGAUUAUUCAGACCUCAAGUAUGCUAAAGAACAGGGCUUCCAUGUAAUUGAAGCCAAGGACUGCUGGUAUAAGUCCCUUGUUCCCUUGAUGGACAAUAUCAAGAAAGAGCUCAAGGAUACUCCUGUCUAUCUUUCUUUUGAUAUUGAUGGCAUCGAUCCUGCCUUUGCUCCAGGAACAGGUGAAGACUCAAUUUGA